UCUCGAUAGGAUAGGCUAGGAUAGGAGGGAAGGAAAAUGAGAGGUGUGUUUGAGACUGCUAUGCAGAGUAGAACUGGAUAGGCUGUGGGAGUGAAAGAGGGAGGGAGGGUGAGAGAGAGAGGGGGGGAAGUUACAGUGCUCUCUAUCAUUCCCUCUCUGACCUGAGGAACUGGUAGGAGAGAGAGUGAGUGAGAGUGAGUGAGAGAGAGAGAGAGAGAGAGAGAGAGAGAGAGAGAGAGAGGGAGAGAGAGAGAGGGGAGAGCUUGAGAUGGCUCUUGGCACAAGUGAGUAGCCAGCAGACACCACAAGUGGACCACACAAGCCAGAGGAUAUCGGUUGGAUACUUGACCGCCCUUUUCUCGAGGAUUAAACUUGGUGUGGCCAUUAAUUCGCUCAAACCUGGGGACGACUCAAUAGCAGGUAGAGCAUGAGGUCCAAAAGCGGCAGGGUGGAGAGCCCGGCCAACGGGGUGCUUGGGGUUCCACAGGCUGACCAUGAUGUCAGCCACGAGCCAGAAGUGGGUCUGCCCGUGAAGAGCCUGAUGGCCAAAGUUCAGCAGAUGGAGGGUGAGGAUAAGGUGGAGGUGGAGGUGAUCUCUGACAAGGAGAAGCUGCUGAUCGAGUCUCCUGAAGUUGGAGAGAAAAGAGAGGACAUCAUGGAUCUGUCCAAGAAGGAUCUGCUGAAACUGCUGGGGAUCAUGGAGGGAGAGGUUCAGGCCAGAGAAGAUGUCAUCUGCAUGCUGAAGUCCAAGCCGACUCUCCCGGAGGCCCUUGAAUCACAUUAUGGCUCCGCGGUACCAGGUUCGGCCCUGCAGGCGCUGCAGAGGGACGGCUUCAUCACUGGCACUGAACCGCACAAAAACAGUGUCUACCAAAAGCCAAUGGUUGAGCUGGAGCGCCUGCAGGAGAAGCACAAGGAGACGUACAGGAGGAUGCUGGGUCAGCUGCUGCUCGCCGAGAAGUGCCACCGCCGCACCGUCCACGAGCUGGACACGGAGAAGCGCAAGCACGCGGACUACAUGAACAAGAGCGACGACUUCACCAACCUCCUGGAGCAGGAGAGAGAAAGACUGAAGAGGUUGCUUGAGAACGAGAAAGCUUACCAGGUAAGAAAGGAGAAGGAGCACUCUAAACGUUUGGCCAAGGUGCAAGAGGAGCUGGUCAAGUUAAAGUCCUUCGCCUUGAUGUUGGUCAAUGAGCGCCAGCAACACCUAGAGCAAAUGGAUCAACAGAGCCAGCGGGUCCAGGAACUCAGCCAGCAGCUGCAGCAGCGGGAGCAGGCACUGAGUGAAGCCAGGGAGCGCGCUCAGGAGGAUGGCCACAGGGUGCUUAGCCUGGAGGCUGAGCUUAAAGAGAAAUCUGCCAAGUUCACCCAACAGCACGAGGAGAUGAGCGCCAACCUGGCAAGUCAGGAGAUCCACAACCGUCAACUCAAUGCCAAACUUUUAGGGCUUUCGCAUAAAGUGGAGGAGCUAGAGGAGAGCAAUAAGGCCUUGAGGAAAUCUGAGGAGGAACUGCAGGAGCUGAGGGAGAAAAUCGGCAAAGGGGAGUGUGGCAACUCAAACUUGAUCGCUGAGUUGGAGAACUUGCGCAAACGGGUGCUGGAGAUGGAGGGAAAGGAUGAGGAGAUUACCAAGACUGAAAAUCAGUGUAAGGAGCUAAGAAAGAGGCUACAAGAGGAGGAUACUAAGAGUAAAGACCUCAGGCUGGAAGUUGAGAAGCUCCAGAAAAGAAUGAUGGAGUUAGAGAAACUUGAGGGUGCCUUCAGCACAAGCAAGGCUGAGUGUGCACAGUUACACACUGCUCUAGAGAAAGAAACGGGCCUGACCAAAGAGCUCUCAGAUGAAGUCGUAGUCCUCAGGAUCCGAAUGAAGGAGCUUGAGACUUCUGAGCUCAAGUUAGAAAAGUCUGAGCUGAGCCUUAAGGAUGACUUGAGCAAGCUGAAGUCACUGACUGUUGCUUUGAUGGAAGAACGAAAGACCCUGAUGGAAAGAAUGCAGUCAGAUGAGAAGAAAAAGGAGGAUCUGAGUGAGAUGGUCAAAGUUGAGCAGGGUAAAGUUAUGGAGGUGACUGAAAAAUUGAUAGAGGAAAGCAAAAAGCUACUGAAGUUGAAAUCAGAGAUGGAAACGAAAGUAGAGACUCUAACCCUAGAAAAGGGGGAGCUGAGCACUAAGCUAGCCUAUGAAAUUGAUAAAACUAAGGAUCUUACUUCUAAGGUCAGUCAAAUGAAAAAGAGGAUGGAUGGGUUCGAGCAGGCAGAAAAGCUCUCAGUGAAGAAUUCAGUACAAUGUGAACUUGGAAGAAUGUCCGACCCAGUUAAAAGAGAAGACAACAAAGUUAAGGAGCUGACAUUUGAAAUUGAGCGCCUAAAAAAUCGUCUCAAGCAACUUGAAGUAGUUGAGGGAGAUUUGAUCAAAACAGAAGAUCAGUACGGCAUGUUGGAGAAAAGGUUCAUGACCGAACAAGACAAAGCCAACAUUCUUUCCCAACAGGUGGAGGAAAUGAGGAGUCAGAUAGCACGAAACAAAGCAAUUGAGAAAGGAGAGGAGGAAAGCCAAGAAGAAGACCUCCGACAUCAAUGCAAGAGAGAGGAGAUUAAAACCAGAGAACUGCAGGCUGAUGUUGUAGCGCUUAAGGAGAAGAUCCAUGAACUGAUGCACAAGGAAGACCAACUUUCUCAGCUCCAAGUGGAUUACUCGAUCUUGCAGCAGAGAUUCUUGGAGGAGGAGGAGAAGGCCAAGAACAUGGGCACUGAGGUUUUCCAUCUCACCAAAGAACUGGAGGUAGCAAAGCGUCAUAGUCGGGCACUAAGGCCCAGUUUGAAUGGGAGGAGAAUGGUGGACGUUGCUGUGACGUCCACUGGAGUACAGACAGAGCCAUUGUCCACUGGGCCAUCAGAGGAGGACACCCCAGCAGUGUUCAUUAGGAAGUCCGUUCAAGAGGAGAAUCACAUCAUGAGCAACCUGAGACAGAAGUGCCUAAGGAAGCCAACAGAAAAGAGCAGUGCUAUUGAGCGUUCACCUUCAUCUGGCAGCGACCUUGGCAAGAAAUCCUGGAUUCCCUGGAUGAGGAAAAAGGACAACACCCCUCAAGAGACCAACUUAGAAAAGCCUCUGCAUUUUAAUGGAAAUAAUUUGCCCUCUGAACUAACCAUGUCCCAAAAGCAAGGGCAGCCUUUACGCAUCCGGGUAACACCAGACCACCAAAACAACAUGGCCACUCUUGAGAUCAGCAGCCCCAAUGCUGAAGACUUCUUCUCUAGCUCAGCUCCCCUCAGCCCCAACCCAUCUCAACCUAAAUCCAGAAUCACAAUCAUUCCCACCUACUCUGCUCCAACCAACAAGAGAAAGUCCACCACUGGGCCUCAUGGCCCUGAAAGAGCCAAGUCUCCAGUCAGUAUCACAACGAUAUCCAGAGCCAAAUCUCCAGAAAGCAGCAGAGUUCCCUCUUCUGCAUCAGGAAGGCCCUUGUCCCCUGUCUCUAUUAUGACAGUGAGCACUGCUAUAGUCCCUGAAGCAUCUGCCUCCCCAGAACCACAGGAGAUGACCAUGGGCCGAGCUGUGUUCAAGGUUACCCCCGAGAAGCAGAUGGUCCCAAUGCCUAUACGGAAGGGUCCCAACAACAAUAGCAUCAUCACCACUGACGAUAACAAGAUCCAUAUUCAUUUAGGAAAUAGCAUCACCCCAAAGAUGGUAGUCAGACCAGUGGCUGCUGUAACAGAGAGCAAGGAAAUGACCUUAUCAACUGGGACAGUUUUACGCUCCCCACGCCAAAUUACCACCACUACUACCAGGAGCACACAGAGCAAAGUGAUGAGCAGUAUCACAAUUUCCCCUGUCACAUCCUCCAACUCCAGAACCACACAAAACAUGGUAUGUUUCACCUAAGCACUUGUCUUCAUCCAAAUUAUGAAAUUACAUGUUUUCUUAUUGAUAGCUUAGUUUGUUCACUCUUUUAGUAUCAUGCCCAACCGCAAUUUACUCUAGAUAAUCCAUAGUUAUUGUUGCCAUCAGUUCAUUGGAAGUACUUGCUGCUAAAAGAAUCUGUAUUAAGUAGAUUUGGUAAGAAGUAGUACCAGUGUAAACUCCCUUCACCUCCACCCAGGCAGAUAUCUCAACAAUUGGGUAAAUGAAACACAAACUACUUUGUUGAGUACCUGGUGAAGGCAAAAAAAAAAACUUGUUACCCACGAUGUUGAACUAUUUAUUUGAGACACAAGUCUUUUUUUAAUGUCUGGCAUCAUUUUCAAACAUUAUGUGACACAUGCUAUGUUUAACAAGGCAGAAAUAUGUUCACUAACAGCUUCAACUCACACUACCAAGAAAGAUGAAGCAAAAUUGUGUUGAUCUGUUAGUGGCCCUUAUAAUAUACUCUUUGUGGAUCAAAUCGACAGUGUGACAGAAAUGGCCCCAUGAGCAUUUUACCACUCUGCUACAAUCAUGUGGUAAUUUAUAGUUGUUACUGGGUGCUUACAUUCACAAACAGCUAUGCAGGGCUCCUUGCCCUCUGGCUGACACAAAACACUCUUGCACCAGUAACAGCACAAUGAAACCUCGCCUGGACAAGCGCCCACCCACUAGGUUCGAAGUGAAAGAAAUAUUAAAUAUUUACAUUUUUCUUUCACACAGUUCCAUACCACAUAUGAGCAAUUACAUUGUUUAGAAAUUCAGAAUUCCUUUUUUCCAUAAUGGGUAUUUGCCCCCUUUCCAUAUUUACUCUUUAUGUUCCCCUCAAGUGCUGUCCUGUUUUCAUUUUCCUGUUUGAGAAACUGUACUCUUUCUCCCCAUUGUCAACAGACUGGGCCGGAUGCCCAGACACCUCGCACAGGACUGACCCGCAUCCCAAUGUCCAAGAGCCUGAAAACAGGGAAGGCUGUGCUGGGAUCCCUGGGGAUGUCGGGGGGAAUGAAGCUUGAGUCACGAACUGAAAGCCAGUCUAUG